AUGUCGAACGCCUCAUGGACUCCCAAUGAACCCGCGGACGUGCUCUUCAGCGAGAAGACCUGGCUUCAAGGGGCAAUUCUCACUGGCGUGGGCUACGGAGUUGUUUUCACCCUCUUUACCCAAUGCUUCCGUGCUCUUCUCCUCGACAUCAAUCGGGCGAACAUGAAGCGACGGGUCUUCUUUCUAAUAUACAUUACGAUAAUGUUCAUUCUCGGGACGAUAUUUAUGGCCGCCUGUGCGGAAAUGACACAACUGUCGUUCGUCCAGUACCGCGACUAUCCCACUGGCCCAAGCGGAUACGAGAACGAUGAGUUCUCAAUCCCUGCGGACGAAGCGGGAAAUGUGGCAUUUGUACUGACGAAUUGGUUUGCCGAUGCCCUGCUUAUCUGGCGUUGCUCGGUCAUCUACCGCGGUGUUGGAUCCAACAUCUGGAUCCCACUCCUGCUGCCUGCUCUCAUGUAUCUCACGGAGUUGGCUAUGGGAUUCCUGUGGCUCAUCCAGAUAUCGACGCCAGCAUCCUCGCCCUUUCAAAACGGAUCGGCAAGCAAGAUCAACUGGACAGUGCCGUACUUCAGCAUAGCGGUCUCUUUGAACGUAGUCGUCACACUCAUGAUCGCUGCUCGGCUGUGGCUCUACCGUUACCGAAUCACCUCGGUUCUCGGCAUGGGGCACGGCUCCCAUUACACUGGCAUCGCCGCCAUGAUCGUCGAGUCGGCAGCUAUCUAUUCAACCUUCGCACUUCUCUUCAUUAUUCCAUUCGGCGUUGGGAAUGCGAUCGCCAACACGUUCCUUCAGGCACUGUCUCAAGUGCAGAUCAUCGCACCACUUCUCAUCAUCUACCGCGUCGCCCGAGGCAAAGGCUGGACUUCCAAUACCUCCACCGCCGUCAUGUCCAGCAAGACGCGCUCGACCACCUUCAGCACGAAGAACACUGUCAGCGUCAAGAACCUUUCCGGUUCCUACUUCAAGACUGGACAAGGCAGCUCCAUGGGCAGAGCGACCGACAUGAAGGAAGGGGACAUAGAAAUGGACGCCUUGGAUGAUAGUACUGUACACGAAAGCGUCAGGCAGGUUCGAGACUCGAAUGGUGGAGUUGAACAGGGUGAAGCUGUCUGA